AUGGCGGCCAAGCUCAUUACAGUCCUGGCGUGCUUCGCCUUAUGUCAGUCCACUCCAGUCCUUAUAAACGGUGUCAUAUACCGUGAAGGGCGAAACUUACCAGGAGACGACAACAAUGUGAACAGGGCAGAAGUCAUCAACGUACAAUUUGAGCCAAGAGAAGGGAAUGCCGAAGUGUACCCACAACAAGCUGACGCCCAAGCUGAAGCAUACGAUGUUCAAGGAAGUUCCGCUAAAUCUGUUGCACACACACAAAAUGGAGGUGCAUAUUUCCCCAUUCCUCCACCUGCAACGAUCGUGUCGUACCAAAAUUUCGAAGCACCAGCGGAAGCACGAAAUGAAAUCCCUACACCAACAUCUGCUCAAGCUUCCGCUAUCCGCAAUGGCAACUACGAAUCUUCUGUUUCUUCUGCUAACGCCGCUGGCUCUGAUUCAGCGCAGUCGUCAGCUCGCACUCAAGGCGUUGGCACUAUUGGUGGAACCUCUUCAAACGCUAACGUGUAUGGCUCUAGAUUCGGUUCUGCUGCUUCGAGUGCAAACAACGGACAUGAAUCAACUGUAACAGCAGCUCAAACACAGGCUAAUGGAUUUAAUUCCGCAUCCUCUAAAACUCAAAGUGGUCUUGGUACUACUACAGCCGAAAGCAAGACCAACGGUGGAUAUGGAUCAGCUUCUUCUUCGCUGAACGAUGUUGCUGGAAAUGCGGUCGUCUCUUCAGCUAAAACUCAAGGAUAUGGUGCGGCUGCGGACGCGCAUGUCAAUCAUGUUAAUGGAGCUGCUGUUGCAAAGACCACUAGCCAAAAGGGUAUCAGCUGGCAUUUUGGAACUCUUUACGGAACACCGUCAAAUGUUGGCCACGUACACGCCGAUAGUCAAGCGGGAGCUGGUAUUGCUAAAUCCACCGCUCAAAGUCACGGUGGUAAUUCUUUAAGAUACGGUUCUGCCAAUGCAAACGCUAACGUUAACGGUGCAGGAUACGCCAACUCAGCUGCUAAUACUCAGGGAUUGGGUUACGGUGCCGCCACAUCUACAGCUAACACACACGGUUUUGGAAAUGUCAAACCCGCUGCUGACAGUAACGCAGCUGGCUAUACAAACUCGAUUGCCAGUACACAUGGUUCUGGUUACGGAUCUGCAAACACAGUAGCUGAUGUGAAGAAUGCUGUAGGCCAUGUUAAUUCAGUAGCACAAUCUCAAGGUUAUGGUGCUGCUAAAUCAACUGCAAAUGCCAAUGGAGUGGGCUACGUUCAGUCUGCUACGAACACCAAUGGUUACGCUAACGCAAAUUCCGUUGCUGGCACACAAGGACUUUAUGGACCUGUACAAUCCGCCGCCGACGUAAACGGUGCAGCGUUCGCUAAUUCCGUUGCCAACGGAUACGGCAAUGUAAACUACUUUGCCAACGGAUACGGCAAUGCAAACUCCUUUGCCAACACCGGUUUCGGAUCCGCCAACUCAUUCGCCAACGCUAAUGGACUGGGCUACGGUUUCGUGAACGCAGGUGCACAUGUUCACGGAGCUGGUUACGCCAAAUCGGCUGCCAACAGCAACGGGCUGGGGCAUGGAUCUGCCAUCUCAUCUGUAAAUGGUUUUGGAUCAAGUAGUUCCAACGCUAUUUCUCAUGGCCAUGGUUUUGGAGGAUCUGGUACUAUUGCAAAUGCCCAAUCAUCAGGGUUGGGUCAUGCUUCGUCUUCUGCGAAUUUGCAAGGCUUGCUCACCGGCUACAGGGUUAUAAACUCGGCAGCCGAUACUCAUGGUUUCGGUUCUGCCCAAGCUAGUGCACACAGCGCGUGA